AUGAUUUUUGUAUUCAAAUGCGGAUUGCUCCAACCAGUUUGGGCUGUUCCUCCAGCACCCAGGGGAGUGUGCAGGAUUGGCCCAUUGCCCGUCGGUCAAGCUGUGUGCGAAUCCCAUCCAAAAUGGCCAAUGUCCCAUGUUCGGUUCUCGCUUUUUAUGAGCACUAGUGCCAACUCUUUGUCCGCUGGCCUCGACCAAGGGGUCAAUUCGAAAGGGCAACUGUUGAUGUUCAGGGCGCAUGUGUUGAGUCCUGGAAUGGGUGGCCAUUUUGUAGUCAAGACCAAGCGAAUCAAAUGUAUCUAG